UUUCAAUCUCAAUUCUUUAAAUGAUAAACCAGAAAGCAGAGUUUUUUGUAUGGUAUCACUUUACCAAAAACUCUAAAACCUGCAAUAGACAUUGUCUGGUUUUAACUUCAACUUGCUAAAAAAGGACGCCGCGGCGUGACUCCAACGCUAGCUGUUAUUCUCUCACUCCGUCUGUCGCUAUGCCUCGUGAACAAAACCGACAACCUCUGUUAGUGGAAGAGACAGAAGAAACUGCUUAUGAUUCCUCGGAGAAGGUUGUGGUGGUUGGAAACGACGAGUCCGAGGGUGACGUGGAGAACUGGGGUCGGGUGCCGCCGUUCUCAUGGAAGAAGCUGUGGCUAUUCACUGGCCCUGGAUUUCUUAUGAGCAUCGCUUUUCUGGAUCCUGGGAACCUGGAGGGAGAUCUUCAGGCUGGUGCAAUUGCUGGGUACUCGUUGUUAUGGCUGCUAAUGUGGGCUACGGCUAUGGGGCUUGUUAUUCAGCUUUUGUCAGCACGGCUUGGAGUGGCGACUGGUAGGCACUUGGCUGAACUUUGCAGAGAGGAGUACCCCACAUGGGCCAGGAUUACGCUGUGGUUGAUGACCGAGUUGGCUCUUAUUGGCUCUGACAUACAAGAGGUUAUUGGGAGCGCUAUUGCUAUCAGGAUUCUUAGUAAUGGGGUUGUUCCCCUCUGGGCUGGGGUCGUUAUCACAGCUUUAGAUUGUUUUAUUUUUCUCUUUCUUGAGAACUAUGGUGUGAGGAAAUUGGAAGCAUUUUUUGCUGUUCUGAUUGGUAUAAUGGCUAUCUCAUUUGCGUGGAUGUUUGGUGAAGCAAAGCCCAAUGGUGUUGAUGUUCUUCUUGGUAUUUUGGUUCCUAAACUUAGCUCCAGAACUAUACAGCAAGCUGUUGGAGUUGUGGGUUGCAUUAUUAUGCCUCACAAUGUAUUCUUGCAUUCUGCGCUUGUUCAAUCUAGGCACAUUGACCCCAGCAAGAAAGGCCGUGUUCAAGAAGCUCUUAAUUACUACUCUAUAGAGUCCACAAUCGCCCUUGUAGUCUCCUUUGUCAUUAAUAUAUUUGUCACAACUGUGUUUGCUAAGGGCUUUUAUGGUACUGAAAAAGCAAAUAGCAUUGGUCUUGUAAAUGCAGGGCAGUACCUUCAGGAGAAGUAUGGGGGUGGACUAUUCCCAAUCCUAUAUAUAUGGGGAAUUGGGUUAUUAGCAGCUGGCCAAAGUAGCACUAUUACUGGUACAUAUGCUGGACAAUUUAUCAUGGGAGGUUUUCUGAAUUUAAAGUUGAAAAAAUGGAUGAGGGCGUUAAUUACCCGAAGUUGUGCAAUCAUCCCAACCAUAAUAGUUGCUCUCAUAUUUGAUACCUCCGAGGACUCAUUAGAUGUUUUGAAUCAAUGGCUUAAUGUUCUUCAGUCAGUUCAAAUCCCCUUUGCACUCAUUCCCUUGCUUUGUUUGGCCUCCAAGGAACAGAUAAUGGGCAGUUUCAAAAUUGGCCCUGUCCUCAAGAUUAUUUCCUGGCUUGUGGCUGUUCUGGUGAUAGUGAUAAAUGGCUAUCUUUUACUGGAAUUCUUCUCCUCUGAAGUGAAUGGAGCAGUGUUCGCCAGUAUAGUGUGUGCAAUAACAGCUGCAUAUGUUGCAUUUGUACUAUACCUUAUUUCACGGGCCAUUACCUUUUCACCUUGGUCUCGACCAAAGACAGUUGCUAGCACAGAGAAUUAAGCAUUCAAUCCUUAUUCCAUUUUGACGAUGGAGUAGGAAGUGCUAUGCCGCUGAAGACUUCCACGAAUACUUUUGCCCCAUUCUUUUAAGGCAAACUCAUGCUUGUUAUUUGUAUAACAACUUACAAUUUGAUGCAGGAGGCAAUGGUAUCUUAUUGGUUGUCUGUACUCUGUACUUUAAUGAAACCGGUCACAGUAUAUGUUUCUGUAUUACUGUCAAAAUGUGAUAUAUAAAGGAACUGCUAGCAGGCCUUGGAAAUUCUGACAUAAUGUAGUUGAGGCACCUUUUAAAAUUGUGAUGUUCA